AUGGCCAAAAUCCAAGAAGCAGCCAUCCCCGAGCUCCGCUCACAGAUCGACGCCCUCACCUCCGCCGAAGACGGCGUCCCGGGCCUCGUCUUCGCCGCGGUCAACAAGCAAGGCGACAUCAUCUUCGAGCACGCUUCGGGAAACCUGGGCGCGGCGAGAGAGGAGCCCAUGACGCUGGACAAUGUGUUUUGGAUCGCGAGCUGUACCAAGAUGAUCACGGGGGUGGCGUGCAUGCAGCUGGUGGAGCAGGGGAAGUUGUCGCUGGAUAGUGUGGAGGAGGUGGAGAGGUUGGCGCCGGAACUCAAGGCCGUACAGGUGCUGCAGGAGGACGGCUCGCUCAAGCCCAAAGAAAAGGGUAUCACGCUUCGCAUGUUGCUGUCGCACACCGCUGGCUUCGGCUACUCCUUCUUCAACGCCAAGCUCCUGAAACACUACGGCGCCCGCGGCCUCGAUGAGUUCACCGGCGUCCCCAGCGAAUUCUUAUCUCAGCCGCUCGUCAACCAGCCAGGCAGCCGCUGGGAAUACGGCAUCAACAUCGAUUGGGCCGGCCAGCUGGUCGAACGCGUUACCGGUCUCACCCUCAACGAGUACUUCCAGCAGCACAUCUUCAAGCCGCUCGGCAUCAAAAACAUCAGCAUGUUUCCCACGGACAGCAUGGCUGACAAGCUGUGCUACAUGAACAUGCGCAACCCCGCGGACGGAAAGGUGUAUCCCAACUUGAGUGGCCAUCUGGUGCGGAGUCAGUUGAUGGCGAGCAACGAUGAGCAAAAAAAGGCCAUCUUCAAUGCCGGUGGCCACGGAUGCUUUGCGCAACCCCGAGAGUACUGUGCGAUCAUUGCAAUGCUGUUGAACGGUGGUGUAAGCGCGAAGACGGGCGAGCGGGUGCUGAAAGCUGAGACGGUGGACAAGAUGUUCGAGAACCAGAUUCCAGAAUUCCCAGGAUUUGCGCGGCAGGGCAUCGAUCCUCCUCGGCCCGACUUCGCCAACGCGUUGCCCAACAUGUACCCGGAGCCCGACGAUCCACCACAAGGCUGGGGCCUGACGUUCUUCCUCCACCUGCAGGACUCGGCAGUGCAUAGUAAGGGCACUGGCUGGUGGGCAGGUCUGCCGAACCUCUUCUGGUGGUGUGAUCGCACAAGAGGCGUGGGCGGCAUCAUCGCCAGUCAGAUCGUGCCGUUUGGCGAUCUCAAGGUGAUGGGACUGUGGGGUGGCUUGGAGCAUGGCAUCAACUCUGCAUUGGAGUAG